AUGCCAGUCGGAACCGCGGUGAUGCGCGAACUGAAUGUGAUCCGCGAGGAACUGCGCUGCUUCAUUUGCCACGAAACCCUGCGAGAUCCACACUGCCUUGGCUGCAAUCACAACUAUUGCAAGCAGUGUAUUGACGUCCAGCUGCGCAAGGCGGUGCCACAAUGUCCCAAAUGCAAGAUCCCCAUGUGUCCAAGUGACGUCCAUCGCAAUCAAUUUCUCGACGGACUCUUGCAGGAGUGGAGGCUCGUCGAAGCUGCGAUAUCUACGACAUCUCCGUCCCCAACCGACGAGUCCGCCGUCGAGAGCAUUCCUGUGGCACGAUCAUCACCAGCAGUCAAGCGAAAGCUCCCCUUGGACUUUGCCUCGUCGCCUCCACCCUUGCAUAGUUCGAUUGUAUCGACGCAGAAUGACGCGGAACCUGGUGUCACUGUGUCGAUUGACUCGAAUUGCGUGGAUUCCAUGGCGUCGCUCAUGAAUACGCCGCAACUGAAAGCUUAUCACGCCACGUUGCAGAGGCACGCCGCAGACUUGGACGAGAGUUUCAAUCACAGCAGUCACGUCAGCAGCCCCAACGUCGUCGCCAGUUGCUCGCAAACUCUUCCUCCUCCUGGCGCACCCGGUGCCAACAUCGAGACCAGCUGCCCUGAACCACCACUUCCGCGUCAUCCGCCAUCCCAACCGCUUCCAGUCUCGCCUACACAUCACCCUCACGAAUCUCCCUCGACUUCAUCGCAGGAAACCGCCAUGCCGAUCAGCACCCCGUCGCCGAUUCUGUUAGUGCCGCAGUCACCUCCUCGGUCGACCGUGUCGUUCCAUCUGGUCCGCCAUGCUCGAGCCGCAACAGCACUGCCCGUGGUCGUGGCUGCGACUCAGGACGACUCCGACGAAGAGUGCGUCCCGGAAACGGAACUCCAAGGGUAUCGCGACUCGGCGGGAAACGAGUCGCAAGCUGCUGCGAUUUGCCCUCCCAGUCCAACCGAAACAGCGCCUGACCAUCCCGUCGCAUACACUACGAGCCCUCGCGACAGAAACGUCGUCCCCGACGUCAACUCGCCGUCGUUCCGCAUCCUCGAUGGGUCACCCACCGACCCCACAGCCGCUUCACGAGCCCCUGCCAACCAAACAAAUCGAGUCUGCAUCGUGGCGACCCAUGUGUCGAAAUCCCACCGCCGCCUCGUUCUCGAUUGCGUGCGGUGCUUGGGCGGCCGCUUCGGCGUUCGCUUCCACCCGUCGUCGAAACGACGCCCUGGCUUCAUGCACGCAAGUGACGACCCUCUAAGCACCACCCACGUCGUGACAAGUGCCGACGCUGCCAUGCGAUGCUCGCGAACCCUAAGCGUGCUGCUGGGGAUGAGCCAUGGCUGUUGGAUUGUCAGCAUGGAGUGGGUCCUCGCGAGCUCAAAAGCGCGGCGGUGGGUCGACGAAGCUCCGUUUGAGAUCGCAGGGGAUACUAGUGCCUUGCAGGCGACCGCGGUCCCGAGAAGGUGUCGACUGCUGAGGAAUACUCAAAUCUUUCAAGGGAUGUGUGUGAUGCCGCUGCACGCCCCGAUCGAGCAGAUAGACGCGAUGGAAAAGGUGGUCGUGGCAUGUGGAGGCAUGUGGCGACCAUACCAACAUGGUCAACACGCUGGCGAGAACGUGGUUGGUGUGGUGUCCAAGACCCUCUCGCUCGCCGCGUGCAGUGCGCUCGUGGCCACACAUGCUGCAACUCGACGGAAGAUGCCGAUAGUUCGCGUUGCGUGGAUUGUCGACAGCAUCAGUCACAUGGAGUGCCAGCCAUUUGCCAAGUACACCGUGGCGUUGUACGAGAAAUAGAUAACAUCGCGCGAUCGUGUCGACGAAAAUGAAUACGCCUGCAUUACACC